AAACAAGUCCAGGAUCACUAGACCUUUCCAUCCUUUUCUACUCUCUUUGUUUCCUAAUCGCAGCGUUCUGUAGUAAGAUGAGUAAGCUAGCCAUCACCUUUGUAUUCUUAGCGCUCUUUCUGAGCCUCUCGCCUCUUCAAGCCACCCUGGAUUUAUCAGGGUUUUGCGCGCCCAAGUGCCAGGCAAGGUGCGCUAAAGCGAGCGUUGUGGACCGUUGCUUAAAGUACUGUGGAAUCUGCUGCGUGGAAUGCAAGUGUGUCCCAUCAGGGACGUAUGGCAAUAAGCACGAGUGUCCUUGCUACAGAGACAAGCUCAGCAAGAAGGGAAAACCAAAAUGCCCUUGAAGAGUCGAGUAUUUACUAUGGUUGCCAUUACUAGUAGUUUUGUGUUAUGUUCAUGCACAAGUGUUGUUUACUAUGUACACGGUGUGGUAAUGUUGAUAAGAAUUAGGUGGCAUGUAUUAGGGGUGAGAGAGUAAGGUCUUUCUUGAAAUAAGGGGAGAAGAUGAGGGGUUAUUUUGGA